GUCAAGAACACACCCCGUAGGCCAUACGUUGAGUAAUGCGACCUGAGCAAGAUCGGUCGACGAAAGUCACGCAUUUUCCAUCUUGAUCCCUUAUGCACACCGCGUCCAUCACCUCAACACACCCGCCUUCAUCUUCCUCCAUGGCGUCGUCACCUCUGCCAAGUGGCUUCCACCAACGCUCCUUGUUGUCGAGCCCCACGACGUCGGUCCCGUCCAUGGACGAUUCCUCCAGCGCCGACGAAACCUUCCCUUCCUUCAACCAAAUGCUUCGCAGCUCGUCCUCGUCGACAACAGUCAAGAAGUCGUUCAAAAUGCGAAAAGACGACAGCGAAUCCAGCCGUGAAAUUCGACGAGAGUACAAGAAGGAAUGGUACGAGAAGAACCGCGAAAAAGCCCUGGCCAAGAUGAAGGAGUACUACGAGAGGCGAAAGCAAGCCGGCACGCUUCACCGUCGCUCCAUCAAGCAAAAGAAAGUCACCCCCAUGCCACCGCAGCAGUCAACGAUGGCCAUGGCGCCGGUCGUGACGUCGUUGCCAUCCAUGGCCCAAAUCCAACACCGAAACGCGUCUAUGGGCUUGAUGCCGUCGCGAUAUGUGUACGAAGAGCGAUGCAUUCCCACCCAGCGAACCAUUCCAUCCCCGUGGGGAUAUGACCGGGCGCUGCCAUCCUUGUCAGAACAACCUACCCGCCGGUCGUUCCUGCACCCCAAUCACCAUCACGCCGCCGUCCCUGCGCCCCCCACUGGCACCGUCGCGCACUUGAAUUUGCUAUGCGACGUCGCGCUCAUGAACUAAAACCCAAACCCGCGCCGCCAAGACCUUCCUGCUGCUUGUUCUGCAUGGACGGCACCACUUCAACCACGUUGAUUUAUUUUCCCGAAUUCCCGAAAUUAUGAAUUACUAAUAAUAAUAUAAAAUUACACCAUCAAAUAAUAAUAUAUAACUAAGC